AUGGGCGGCGGGGCGGGCUCAGCACUGAAAGGAGCGCGGCAACGGGCAGCGCGCGCCCCGUCAGCCCCGCCUCACCGUCCCGCUGCGCGCCUGCGCGCUGCCCCGCAAGACGCGCCUGCUCUCACCGGGGAGUGCGAGGUGGGGCCUCCUCAGGCUGGGGCGGGCAGGGAGGACGGACGGAACAAUUUGCAUAACUUCUGUCAUUCUGAAGCACUGCCUGUAUGCUUUCUGGUACAGAAGGUGGAAAUCCUUGACUGGAAGACAAAGAAACAGCUAUGCUUCUUAGAGAAGGUGGAACCAAAUGCCACAAUUAGGGAGAUCAGAUUUAUGUUCUAUAAAUUAUAUCCUCAGUGGUAUCCAGCAAGGCAGUCCAUAAAACUUGAUCCAAAAGGAAAGUCACUGAGGGAUGAGGACAUCCUGCAGCACCUCCCUGUUGGCACAACUGCUACCUUAUACUUUAAAGAUUUAGGGCCACAGAUAGGAUGGACUACGGUAUUUUUGAUAGAAUAUACAGGUCCAUUGUUCAUCUAUUUUCUGUUUUAUUUCCGCAUGCCUUUUGUCUAUGGACUGGAUGAGAGGUUUCCAUCAAGCCCACAACCAGUAGUUAACACUCUUAAAUGCUUUUGUCUUGCUGUUUCUAGCUUGGCAUGUAUCUGCCAUUCUUUCCAUUACAUCAAAAGGUUGAUUGAAACAGUAUUUGUUCAUCGGUUCUCCCAUGGGACAAUGCCACUGAAGAAUAUUCUGAAGAACUGUUUGUAUUACUGGGGAUUUGCAGCUUGGCUUGCUUAUUACAUCAAUCAUCCUCUUUACACUCCUCCUUCUUAUGGGAAAAAGCAGAUAAAUUUUGCUGUGAUCAUGUUUCUGCUAUGUGAAGCUGGAAAUUUUUCAAUUCAUGUUGCACUAAGUGACCUCCGGAGAAGUGGAUCCAAAAUCCGUAAGAUCCCAUAUCCAACAAAGAAUCCUUUCACAUGGCUGUUUUUCUUUGUAUCUUGCCCUAACUAUACAUAUGAGGUGGGGACUUGGAUCAGUUUAACUAUCAUGACUCAAUGUGUUCCAGUGGGACUGUUCACCUUCCUUUGCUUCAUUCAGAUGACAAUCUGGGCAAAGGAUAAACACUGCACCUACCUACGUGAAUUCAAGGAUUACCCAAGUCUUCGAAUGCCAAUUAUUCCCUUUUUGUUAUGA